AUGUUUUCCUCCAGAUUAAAAACUCUUCGAAAUGGAUUGUCACCAUUUUUGUCAAUUCCAAUUAGAAGAAAAUUCAGAACACAACCUUUAAGAAGAUUCGCAACUCAGCAGGCACCAAAUUCCAGUACAGUUAUAAAUAAAAAGGGUAUUAAGGCAUUAAUGAGUAAAUAUGGUUAUACUGCGUUGUUUAUUUAUAUUGGAUUAACUUUGAUCGAUUUACCCUUAUGUUUCUUAUUGGUUCAUUCAUUAGGUAAAGACAAGAUUGAAAUUUAUAAAGAGAAAGCUAAGAAAAUUCUUGGGAUGAAAGAGAAGCCUAUUACUGAUGACAAUGAAGUUGUUCUUGAUGAAAAUGACAAGAAAAGUGGCUCGCUUUCUAGAUGGGACUCGUUUAAGAGAAGUCCAUUAUUGACUGAAUUUUUAAUUGCUUAUGGUAUUCAUAAAAGUUUAAUCAUUGUUAGAUUACCAUUAACAGCAGCUAUAACUCCAGGUAUGGUUAAAAUAUUAAAACAUUGGGGGUUCCAAUUGGGUAAGAAGAGCAAUGUUACAAAUACUCUGGGUACGAAUGCUCCUCUAAGGUAUAGAACUUCGAACCCUAACGAUAUUAUAAAACCGAAUAUUAAAGAUCCAAAUCAAAUUCACCCUAGCACCACAAUUACAAAGAAACAUAAAUGGUUUAAUGGAAUAAUGUGA